AUGGGAGCCGCCGCCUCCGCCGCCUCUCCUCCCCCGGAGCCCGCCGCGCCCGCCGAUCCACCACCAUCCAAACUAGAUAUUCCGCCUGCCGCCGCCGCCUCUCCUCCCCCGGAGGCCGCCGAUCCACCGGCCAAAGAAGACACCCAGCCUGCCGCCGCCGCCGCCGCCGCAGAUGCGCCCCCGGAGGCCCCUGCUCCCGCUGAUUCCGCCCCAAAAGAAGAGAUCCAGCCCGCCGCACCCGCGAGCGGCGACGCGGAGGCGGAGGGGGAGACGGUGGUCUUCGACGCCUCCGCCGCGGAAGCGGGCGGGGAGGAGGAGGUCGGGGAGUGCCCCUUCUGCACCUACAUGAAGGGCGGCGGGUGCAAGGACGAGUUCGUGGAGUGGGAGAAGUGCAUCGAGGUGGCGGAGGCCGAGGGCGGCGACAUCGUCGAGCGCUGCUCCAAGGCCACCACCGCGCUGCGCGAGUGUAUGGACAAGUACCCGGUUUACUACGAGCCCAUCCUCAGCGCCGAGCGCCGCAUGAGCGAGGAUAUGGAGGCCGCCGUCAAGGAGGAGGCCCAGGCAACCCAAGCAUCCCCAGCCUCGCCACCUGCGGCCGCAGAGGAGGGGGAGCAGGGCGACAACAAGAAGCAGGCAGAAGAGGUUAAGGAGAAGGAAGCUGGCGGCGAGGCAGGGGAGCAGGGCGGCAGCAAGAAGCAGGAAGAAGAGGAGGUUGUGGUGCUCAAGGAGAAGGAAGAUCUUGCGGCUUGAUCCGACGCCGAUGUUGGAUCUCGUGAUUUUUUGGUGGAGAUUUGGGGCAUCCUAGAUGUGAAUUCUUUCUUGUCUCCAAGAAUAUGAGAUUUUUUUGCCUGGAAAUUAUACCUGUUGUGAGUUCUGACUCAUGAACUGUAAGGAGAGAUAUGGAGCUUUAAUAA